AUGCCAAAAACAGACGUUCUCAUUGCCGGUUCCGGCUCUGCGGGUAUCUUUGCAGCAACUUGGCUCGCAAUUUACAAUAUACCGUUUACUAUCUUAGAGAGGCGCUCCGGACCACUGGAGAUCGGCCAAGCUGACGGCGUACAAGUUCGGACAGUAGAGAUUUACGAAUCGUUUGGUUUGUCAGAAGAGCUGUUACGAGAAGCAUAUCACAUCCUAGAAGUGUGUUUUUGGGGCGUCGAUGAAGAUGGCGGCGGAAACGCGCAAGGCGGCAUCAAGAGGAAGAGUAGAUCGAUUGAUACGGAGAGAGGCUUAAGUCACUUACCGCAUGUCAUCUUGAACCAGGCGCGCAUGAACGGGCUGAUGCUGGGGAAGAUGGAGAGAGUGCUGAAAGAGAAGGGGAAGUGGAAAGAGGGCACGAGCAACGGCAUCGAGUACGGAUGGGCGGUCAAGAGUGUGGACAUCGACCAGAGCAGAAAGAAUGAUCCAAAUGCGCAUUGUGUCAAAGUGACUGCAGAAAAAGAUGGAAAAGAGGAAGUCUGGGAGGCAAAGUAUGUCCUGGGCUGCGACGGUGCGCAUUCGACUAUCCGGAAAGCUCUCGACAUCCAAAUGCUGGGCGACACUUCUGAUACCGUAUGGGGCGUGAUGGAUAUCUAUCCGCUCACGUCCUUUCCCGACAUCAGACGCAAAUGUACCAUACAUAGCGCAGCUGGUAACCUACUGAUUAUCCCGCGCGAAGGUGGCCAACUAGUCAGAUUCUACAUUCAGCUACCUGCUGGUGUGCAUCCCAAAGAAGUGAAAUUGGUCGACUUGCAAGAUCAGGCUCGGAGAAUCUUUGCGCCGUAUACAAUGGACUUUGCAGACGUGUUCUGGUGGAGUGCGUACAGCAUCGGCCAACGCCUCGCCUCAGCUUUCCAUGCUCAUGACCGCGUCUUCCUGACUGGCGAUGCGUGCCAUACGCACUCACCUAAAGCUGGCCAGGGGAUGAAUGUGUCGCUUCAAGACGGAUACAACAUUGGCUGGAAGCUAGGAUCCGUGUUAUCGGGCCUCUCACCUCCUUCCCUACUGUCAACAUACGUCUCCGAGCGCAGUAAAACCGCAGCCGACCUCAUCGCCUUCGACAAAGAGUUAGCAAAGAUGUUUAGCAGGAAAGAGCAGUAUGAGGAACAUAUCGACAGCGUUAUCGAACCCGUCCUAGUGCUGAGUAGCAAAUUCCUGCAAACCGAGCAGGAUCGCAUACCCGAUUACUUUUGGCCGAAGAGUGGGAAGUGGGGUAUACGGGAUCUCCACAAAACAUACGUUGACGACGAGCAUUAUAACUCCGGUCAUGGACACGCUUAUAAGAACUACGGUGUCAACCCGGACGUAGGCGCGGUCGUGGUCGUGAGACCAGACCAAUAUGUAUCGAAAGUGUCGACAUUGGACGACUUUGACGGUAUCGCGACGUUCUUUGCGGGCUGUUUGAUCGAGAAAGAACCGAUGGCGAGCACGAGUGCUAUCGCGAAGCUUUGA